UCGUAACGAGUUCUUUUAAUUUACAUUAUAUUACACAAGCUUUCUAUAAUAUUUAAAUUUUAUUUUAUUUUUUUUUUUUUUGCGUUGCAGGUUCUGCAUCUGUAGAGCAGAAGAAUGGAAACGGUAGCACGAAGAACAGCAAAACGAAUAACAAUGGGAUCGAGGUGAACAGAAAUGAGGAACAAAAUGGUUCUGGCGAGCUCAAGAGCCAAGCGAAGAAGAAGCCAAACGCACCUGGAAGUGGCCCUCUGUUGCAACAAGCGGACCAGACUAUGACGAAAGUCUCGACACAACUACCAGAGCCGAACGUGUGUCUAACCUGCUCCGUCAAUGGGAGCUGGCAAGCGUGACCUGGUCGAGUGUGUCCGAUCUGAACAAUGCAUCGCCAUCGGUGACGAAGAACCGUAAUUCAGGAUUGAACUCAUCCCGGCAAAGUCUAAGCGCGAAAGAUAGAGAGGGGAUGAGGAACAUAGUCGGUGGUAGACCGGAGAGCGCACCUAUUUACAUGAGAAACGCAAAUCGCGUAGAUGGUCUCCAAGAGACUCACUGCCCAUCGCCAAGUAUGCCGAGGCACAUGUUAGAGUCCAUCACACAGAGUCCAACGCAGAGCUUAAAAAACGUCACGCCGCCUGGCUCCUCUCCAACGAGCCUGCAAGAUAGUUAUAAGGAAUGUAACGCUAAUCAACCAUCCGCGAAGACCGUGAAGGUUCAUUAUGGUGCUCAGAAUCCUGUGAAUGGAGAAUACGUGACGCAACAAGCGCUCUAUCGCGAACAGUAUUUGCAACAAACCGGGAUAAUCACGGUGCCCUCUCAAUAUUCGGCCAGUUCGCCGGGUGGCAAUGUUCUUAGAAACAAUCCAUACGUGCAACAAUACCAAAUCACCACCUCGAGGAAACGAGGCUUCAACGCCGCCCAAAUGACGUGACCGGAUUGGCCGUGCACUACCAAAUAAGACUGACACAACACUUACUUAUGUAGACACACUUUGCGAAUGAAGAGAGAGAGAGAGAGAGA